CAUCGUAUAUGUCUCGUUUUUCUGAUUAAAAUGACAUCAAACACGAUAUGAUUACGAUCGUAAUUACUUAUGUAACAGGCCAUAAAAGUUCCGGACUUUCACACUUACGGCAAACUUUACAUUUACGGCAGAGAUACGCAUUCCUCCUAACGGCUUGCCACAUAAGUAAUUAUGAUUUUAAUUAUACCGUGAUUGGUGUCAUUUUAAUCAGAAAAAUAAAACGAAUACGACGAUAAAGGUUUCAUUCACGAAAAAUCGUUAUACAGUAUAUUGACUUCGUACAACGUCUUCACUCGCACUGGCGCCAAAAUGUGCGUCUCCUCGAUGUACCUAUUUUAUAAAUGUUACAAUCGGGACCCGAAGUUUUAACAUUUACGGAGAGAAUACUGCACUGUCUUUGAUAUCUAUGCGUACUUUUAUAUCAAUAUAUUUAAUUACUGCAGAGCUACAUGUGUUUUUGUAAACAUACAAAAGUGAGUUUUUUGAUUUUUACUAUGUCUGAUUUUGUUGUGCAAAGAAUUUGCAUUAAAUUUUGUUUACGGGAUGAAUAUUCUGCCGCGGAAAUGUUAUGGAUGUUGCAGAAGGCCUUUGGUGACAAGGCUAUGUCGCGAAAAAAUGUUUACAAGCGGUACAAACAUUUCAAAAAAGGCCGAGUUCGAAUUUAAGACAAUUAGCGUUCCGGAUAAACCAUCGACAUGUACUGAUGAACUCCGCGUGAAGGAAAACAAAGAUUUGGUGCUUGCAAAUCAUCGAUUGACAAUUGAAGAUCAUGUCGAUACUGCGAACAUCUCAUUUGGAUCAACCGAAACCAUUCUAAAAGAUGUGCCUCAAACUCUUCAAUUUCACAUGGGACGAUACUGCGCUGCCCACACUGCAUUAGUUCUUCGAGAGCAUUUCACUAAAAAAUGGACUCAUAUUGUUCCACAACCACCGUAUUCAUCUGAUUCAGAACCAUGCGACUUCUGGCUGUUUAACAAACUCAAAAGACCGUGUUUAGGACACGGUUUCGAAUCGACUGAUGAGAUAAAAGUCAAAUCGACGAAAGUAUUAGAGGCAAUCACUGAAAAGGACUUGUUUGACUGUUUCGAGAAUUGGAAAAAACGUUGGCAUAAGUCAAUCAUUUUUUUGGACGGUGAAUACUUUGAAAGUGAUGAGAUUGAUUUAGGGGAAUAAAUUAAGAUUUUUCAUUUCAUAAACAAAUUUAUCUUACUUUCUGAUCAAAGUAGUAGGUAUAACACUAACGAAUAUUAAACUCUAUUAUAGUUAAAUAUUCAGAAAGAUUAGCAAAAUUGUAUAUAGCGUCUACUGUUUAAAGUUUACUGAAACAUCUACGAUACAACUUUAUCAAAUUGCUAAAUCAAAAAAUAAUGCGUUAAGCAGAUGAUAAAAGUACUUCUAACAUUUUGAUAGCAAUUAUUAAAAAUCAGUAAUUGUAGCUAUUUUAUUAUCGGUAUACAUUAUCAGACAGCUAUAAAUUCGUCGUGUUCAAAAUGAUAUCAAGAUUAUACUGUUGCAGAUCAUUGAAUUAUUUUUACCUACUUUACAUACUACUAUUUUCGCUAAUUUAAAAUAUCGAAACGUACGACCUUGAGAACAAGCUUUUAUUUACCGUAAUGUUUGUGUCACUCAUAUUAUAAUUUAUAUUUUUGACAUUUCUGUAUAUCAUUGCCAAUAACGGACAUGCUGCCUUGUUUGAUAAAGAUAUGCAUAUAUUUUUAAAUGAAUUAUACAAAAUAGGUGCACCAGUCGGUCGAUCUUACCUUGAUCAGAUAACAGCAACAAACCGGACUGCAAAAUAAUCUGAAUUAUUCUAGUCAGAUAGAUGUAUCGUGAGUCUUGAUAUGAUUCUCUUUGCUUCUUAGUUCGAAAGUUAAUUUGCAUCGAUCAUAAUAAGUUUGCUUCGCAAUUCGAUUUUAAUAAUAUUAUCUGAAAGAGAAACAUGUGUUUCAAUUUAUGAUAACUCAUCAGGCUUGAAUUAAUUAUUUUAUUAUCCGUGUUUCUGCUCUUUUACACAUCAUUAACGCUCAAGAAAUGACACCUAUCAAAAAAGUAUUAAAGGCUUUAUUUCUAGAUGCGGGUCCCAUAAUAGGUACCAAUGACGACUACGAAGCCUUUAUAGGUAUACAUGAUCAGUUCGCAGAGGGCGACUGGACCACGGUACACGGUGAUUCACUAUCAAAAACUGGCUUCACGAAAUGGAGUGAUAGGUGGAAUGGACAGCCAGAUAAUUGGAGUUCUAAACAACAUUGUGGCGCACUUUUAAGGGAAGGCGGAAUGGACGAUACGUACUGUUACAAACCGUUUGCGUUCUUCUGCGAACUGCCUGUUUCGAGUUAAUCUGCACUCGAGUGGUAAUGCGAAGUUUUCUCCAAGACCUUUCAAGUGAAGUACAACAAUCAUUUAUGCGCGUAGUCGUCCGAACAUGCAUUCAGUAACAUACGCAGAUUCAAUCUCAGUGUGGUUUGCGAAUGCGUACGCUUAUCCUAAAAACCCAAGGCUAUGUCUAUCAUUUGCAAAUUGUAAAUAAGGAGAAAUACAUUAUUUUAUAAAAUAUUAAAAUUAA